AACUAUUUACACCUCUAAAAAAGAGCGUAGAUAGCAACUCUUUUUUGCAAAAUGUCAAAUAUAAAGUAUCUUGCAAAGGAAAAGUGGUCAAGACUCCAGUGCACAACCUGUAUACUUCUCUUCGAUUCCAUUCCAUUGCUAUAAAAAGUGUUGUGGGAGCAAGCCACUGCUAAAUCUCUCCACAUAAUUAGCAUCUUAUACUUAAUUAUUUCUGUCACUCUCUUUCCUACUUCCUCAAAUACAUAAUCGGCCAAUAGGGCCUAUAUUUGAUCGAUCUGGAUGUUUUGAUCAACAGAUUAAGCAUUCUCUUUUGUUGAACCAAUAUGGAAUUGGAUCCAAUCAUUGCAACGGACACCUCGCUGAAACAAGCGGAAGACGAAAGAUCAAAUGGUACGAUCAGCAAGCUCCUUGGAGGCGUAAACCACACCUUAAGAAAACUCAUAUUUCGUGUCAUUUCUUCACGCCCGAUUCCAGAACACAUCGCCUUCAUCCUCGACGGAAACCGAAGGUUUGCCAAGAAAUGGAAGCUCACGGAAGGUGCAGGUCACAAAGCCGGUUUUUUCGCACUCAUGGCAGUCCUAAAAUACUGCUACGAGAUAGGAGUUAAGUAUGUCACCAUCUAUGCAUUCAGCCUCGACAAUUUCAAUCGACGCCCUGAUGAAGUCCAAUACGUAAUGGAUUUGAUGCAAGAAAAGAUCGAAGGGUUUCUAAAUGAACUUACUCUUAUAAACCAAUAUGGCGUUAGAGUCUUGUUUAUUGGCGAUCUCGAUAGGUUAUAUGAACCCGUAAGGAUUGCUGCUGAGAAGGCCAUGGAAGCCACCGCUAAGAACUCACGCACAUAUCUCCUAGUAUGUGUUGCAUACACUUCUUCCCAUGAAAUCCCACGAGCAAUCCACGAAGCUUGUCAAGAAAAAAGUGAGGCUAAUAGCAUACGUGUCAUGAAUAGUGACAUAAAUCAUGGUGGUCAAUCGGUGAUCAAAGUGGUGGAUCUUGAGAAGCAUAUGUACAUGGGAGUGGCUCCGGAUCCUGAUAUUCUAGUGAGGAGCUCCGGCGAGACAAGGUUAAGCAACUUUCUGUUGUGGCAAACCACCAACUCUUUCUUGUAUUCCCCGAAAGCUUUGUGGCCAGAGAUGGGAUUCUGGCAGGUGGUUUGGGGGAUCUUGGAGUUUCAGAACAACUAUCAGUACUAUGAGAAGAAGAAGAAGCAGGCUUAAGGAUGUACCUUUAAGUAAAAAUAUUUUCCUUUGAGUCGGUUUGCAGUGUGUUGUCAGAAUUAAUGGGAUUUUUCUUCUCAAUAUGAACUUUCAACUUUGGGUCGAUAAUAUCUGAAUGCAAUGUUAUACAUACGUAAAUGCUUGUCUUAUCAAGUAAAUCAACUUGAUAUGUUUAUUUGGAAUAAAGGCAUCACAGAUCAUAUUAAA